AUGCAGCUGUUGUGCGCCGCCAGAAGAUUUAUAUUCUUCCGUUUCAUAGAUGAUGUUUCAGAGACGAAACGGCUGGGAAGACGGUUAUCAACAGCGUCGAGCUCAUGUAAGCAGAACGAAACAAUCGGCAUGCCGAUAACAACGGAAGAGUCCGAAAUAAAGAUAUCAUCACAAGCGCCUACUCGAAGACGCAGAUCACGCGUUCAGCUGCAUGAGACUCCGGAAUCUGAGGGGUCUGCAUUGUUCUCAAAACCAAGCUCAUCGACUCGUCCUCGUCAUUCCACGGCUCGCCGAUAUUCUCCGUCGCCUGAAAACCGGACUAAGCUGAAGAGCAUUGCUGCUCUGUUACAAAACAAACAAAGCAGGAGAGUAACAAAAUGGUACGCUGUCUUUUAUCCGGUACCCGCCGAUUACGGGGUAGGGCUUUUUUGUAAAGUUUUGUGA